AUGCUAAGGGAGGCCAUGAAAUGGAAGGUGAGUGACUUCAUUGAUGCGCAAACUUCUACUUGGAAGGCUGGGAAAGUUAGGGAAUGCUUUGAGUGGGAUAGUGCAAAGUCCAUCCUUUCCGUGGAACUCCCAUCGAGUUUAGAUGAUGAUUACAUCUAUUGGAAACAUCAUCCUUCAGGGAAUUAUACGGUGAAAACAGGUUACUACAGGUGCUCGAAAGAUCAAGGAGGUGAGGGAGUUAAUCUCACCCUGAUUGAUCAAGGAUUUGUUAAGAUCCUGUGGAGGUUGAAUAUUCAGCCUAAAUGGAAGAUUUUCAUAUGGAGAUUAUUCCAUGACGCCAUGGCAAUCAAAACAAAUUUAGCAAGAAGAGGGAUUCAUAUGGAUGAGACGUGUGACUUCUGUGGAGAGGAAAUAGAAGAUUGCCAACAUCUUUUCCGUCUCUGUUGUCUAGCAAAGGACGUUUGGGGAAAUGACCCCCUAACUAUUUGCUCUGAGUUUCCUGGGUCCGACUCAAUGAGAGUUUGGAUUCAGCACUAUAUCAUGCUUUUCUAUAGCGAGGAUGGUAAGCGGAGUGCUCGUAUCCCGAUGUUUUUAGCUACCUUGUGGGGGCUUUGGAAAGCUAGGAAUGAAGAGGUCUUCAGAAAUGUGGGUAGAAGUCCAGGUCUAGUUAUGGCACUGAUUAACAAGGCUCUACAGGAGCAUGAGUCUUUUACCUAUGUGACAGCGAGAGAAACUCCUCUGGACACAGGCACUUGGGAUGACCCUUGUUUCCCUCCGGGGGUUCUACCAUGUUCAACUUGGAACAAAUGA